UUUCGUUUGUAAUUUCACUUUGUCAUCUGAACAUCUAACAUCGCGUGUCAGUCUCGGUGCUCGAAAUUUGAAUUCCAAAAACCGUUUGAAAUUGAAGAACGCACACACACACAACCGCACAAAAACCCCUUGCGUUUUUAUUAGGUUUUCAAAAAAAAAAAAAAAAGAAAGAACGGACGGAUUUGAAAUUAAAUUGAUAAUCAGCCGCGAAACCGAACGAUAAAUAAAUCAAACAUUCACACACACUCGCCGAAAAUUUUUCCAUUUGAAUUUUUGCCAAUUGAAAGUGUCACUGGGAAUAACAAUAGAAACAAUUUAAUGAUAUUAAUGGAAAUCGCAAUUGUCGGAUAGCAAGAAAAAAACAAGUUUAACAAAGUACCUUAUUUGAAAAAAAAAAAAGAAAUAUUAAAAAAAAAAUAUCUUUAAAUAAAAAAUACGAUUUGAAAAUCCAAGGAAUCCUACAGCUCUCGCCCGCUUGUACACCAAAAAAAAGGAGUCAUAACCAUUACCAAAAUGCAGUCUCUCAUCAUUGCCAGUGUCAUGGUGCUAAUGUUAGCCGUACAACAAGGUUCAGCAAUUAAGUGCUAUGUUUGCAACAGCCACAAAGAUGCCAAUUGUGCAUUGGACAUACCACCAGAUAAUCUACUCAAGGACUGUGAAGAGGUCUAUUCAACAAGAGGACGUGGCAUUUCGACAUAUUGUCGUAAAAUAUCGCAAAUUAUUGAAUUCUCUGUAAAUAACUUACCCCCCGAUAGCCGUGUCAUUCGUACCUGUGGUUUCCAAAAUCAAACCAGCUACAACAGCUGUUAUACCCGUGCCGGUUUCGGCGGACGCCAGGUUGUUUGCUCCUGCACUGAAGAUAACUGCAACACAGCUGCUGGUCUCGGCGUGUCUUCUCUGGCCAUGGCCACAUCGCUGUUCUUCGCCUUGGCUUUUUUGCUGAAAAGAUUUGUUUAAUUCCGUUUUGAUUUUUAAUUUUAUUUUAGACAAGAAAAAAUCACAAAAUUUGCAGUUCAUUGAACGUUAAAUAGAUUUUUAUUUUUA